CCCGGACGCGCGGGCCCUUUAAGGGCCGGGGGCGUGUAGCGGCCCGCCCCCUCCCCGCCGCGCCCGGCCGCCCGUUAAAGGGGCCGCGCCCUGGGCCCCCGCCGAGUGCGAGCCCCGGCGGAGGGCUGGGCAGGGCGUGCGUCCCGGUGAGCGCGCGGGCGGCUGGCCCCUCCGCACCAUGUACACCAUCACCAAGGGGCCCAGCAAGCUGGUCGCGCAGCGCCGCACAGGUCCCUCGCAGCAGCAGGUGGAGAGCCGGCUCGGCGAGCUCCUGAAAUGCCGGCAGCCCGCGCCGCCGACCCCACCGCCCCCGCGGGCGCAGCCGCCGGGACCCUGGCCCCUGUCGAGUCCGGGACCAAGGCUUGUGUUCAAUCGGGUGAAUGGCCGGCGGCCCCCUGCCACAUCUCCAUCCUUUGAGGGAACCCAAGAGACCUAUACGCUGGCCCAUGAGGAGAACGUCCGAUUUGUGUCUGAAGCUUGGCAGCAAGUGGAGCAGCAGCUGGGUAGUGGCCCAACUGGCGAUAGUGGGCCCAGACCUGUGCAGUACGUGGAGAAGACCCCCAGCCCCCGGCUGCAGAACUUUGUGCCCAUUGACCUGGACGAGUGGUGGGCACAGCAGUUCCUGGCCAGAAUCACUAACUGCUCCUAGCUGCCUUGGAAGGAAUGCUGCCCCAGGGCCCAGCCCUGCCCCCCGCCAGGAGAGGACCAUGGAGCCCUAUUUAGCUGCCGAGGCAGGCCAUCCUUCACCCUGAGUCUGGCCAGGAGCCGGCCACACCUGAAGUGCCAGCAUUUGGACUCUUGCACCUGCUGACCCCUUGGACCAGCUGUCCUAUGCUGCCAGGGGCCAGAAGCUGAAUCUGUCUGACCUCAAUCCUGCUCACUGUGCCCAGGGACCAGCCCCUGGGGCUGGCAGGGAGGAGCUCCACACUAAUAAAGUUGAGAAACUGCC